UGGCUGAAGCUUUGGGCCCAAGUUUAGACGUUGUUCGCGCGGCCCCCCGUACACUGCACAUGCGUUUUCUGGAGCUGAUGUCUGCGAUCGAGACAUGUUCGGCGGCGGCUUCGAAGAAGCAGAGAAAGCGAGGGGCCCAGCUGCCUCGACCGAGAAGAAGGAGACGGACGCGGGAGCCCCAUCGACGAAACGCUCAAAGGGAGAAGGAGAGGGCGUUCAGGACGAGGACGGAGUGAACACUGCGGUGUUGAGGGGUUAUCUCAAUUUCAAGGCAUCGGCUCGUGCGACUCUGACGUCAAAACAAUAUGUUCUUUGACCCUAAAGCACCGAGCAGGCGAGCGCGUUUUCGGCAAUGGUAGACGAAUGGCACGAGCAGAAACCCGAGGUGACGGAGCAGAUGAAGAAGGACAGUGUGUUCCCGAAGCACCCCUGGGAUCUGAAGAAGGGCGCGCGAGUUUCCAUUUCUUCCCCAGCGCUCGUGGAGCCGAUCUUGGAGGACCACGCGAAGAAGCAGCCAGAAGACCAGAAAGUGAAGAAUGCACGUGAGGCCGCACAGGGCCCGAGGAAGGACGAGGUCGCGAUGUUGAAGAUACGGAUCGGAGAGUUCUCCUCGAGGUGCAACAAGCCGAAAGAGGACAGGACUUGGAAGUUUCUUGUCUUUUACCGAUUUGGCGCCAUCAGAUUUCACCCAAACUGUCGCUACGUUGUUGUUGUGGACGGACCCGCCGAAGUCAGUCGUGAUCGAGUUGGCGAGGAGCUUCCAGACGAAGGACGAGCAAUCGUUGCGGGGUACGCUGAAGUCAAGACCGAGGCGUGGUGGAGGCGGGACAGGUGGCGGGAGUCAGAAGUGAUGUUGUCGUCGGUGCCUGGCCCCAGGACGGAGGCGGCGUUUGCCAGCCCUGGGGCCGGAAAGACGGCGGCCCCGAGGAGAGGGACACGCCGCCCCUGGAAGGCUUCGCAGAGGUAUGUCUGGAACUUUUGGUGUUAUCUGGAUGGGUUUUGUAUCGGACAUGAAUAUUGGUGCUGCGAGGCCUCCACCUCGGUGAGCCGCCCACCCUGCCGAUCGUGUACGGCAACAAUUUUGUCGACCUUCAAGAUGUCACGGAGUUCCUCAUCCUUGCAUUGGGGGCUUGAGUUGUGCACAGCCUUGGCUUCGGCUCUGGUCCGUGGGUGGCUCGGGUUCCUGUGGAAUUUUGGUACAUACGCGAGGAUUCCGAGAGGUACCUCAUCUUAUAGACAAAGACAAGGUCUAGAGCUCCAGGCGUGUUUUUUUUACGAGUUUGCACUUUUUUCGCUACGUCGAAUCUCAGGGUAUAGCAUCCAGCUGCCUGCGGCAAGACCCGUUGCUGGCGCCCGUAAAGUGUGACGCCUCGUCUCCCGAGGCUUGGGGGCAGCGUGGCGUGUG